ACUAGUUUAUGUGAAGAACGAAGCAAAAUGGCGGCGGCAGCAGCUCAGAAAGUCCAGGAAGUCAGGGAUAUCACAAGAAUUGAAAGAAUAGGUGCACAUUCACACAUACGUGGACUUGGAUUGGAUGAUGCUUUGGAAGCAAGACAGGUGUCACAGGGUAUGGUAGGACAGGUUACUGCUCGACGUGCAGCAGGGAUAAUCCUAGAAAUGAUUAAGGAUGGUAAGAUUGCUGGCAGAGCUGUCCUUAUUGCAGGUCAGCCAGGAACAGGAAAAACAGCUAUUGCAAUGGGAAUGGCACAGUCUCUUGGUCCUGACACACCCUUCACAUCUAUCGCUGGUAGUGAGAUUUUCUCUCUUGAGAUGAGUAAAACUGAAGCUCUUACACAGGCUUUCAGAAAGUCAAUUGGAGUGAGAAUUAAGGAGGAAACAGAGAUUAUUGAAGGAGAGGUUGUUGAGAUUCAAAUUGACAGGCCAGCCUCAGGAACUGGAGCUAAAGUUGGGAAGUUGACGUUAAAGACAACUGAAAUGGAAACCAUUUAUGACCUUGGAACAAAAAUGAUUGAGUCCCUUACAAAAGAGAAAGUACAAGCAGGUGAUAUUAUUACUAUAGACAAGGCUACUGGUAAAGUUUGUAAACUGGGAAGAUCUUUUACUAGAGCAAGAGAUUAUGAUGCCAUGGGAGCUGAGACCAAGUUUGUACAGUGUCCAGAAGGUGAGCUUCAGAAGAGAAAAGAAGUUGUACACACUGUUACCCUGCAUGAAAUUGAUGUCAUCAACAGCAGAACACAAGGGUUUCUUGCCUUGUUUGCAGGUGACACGGGUGAAAUAAAAGGAGAAGUCCGUGAGCAAAUCAAUGCUAAAGUAGCUGAAUGGAGAGAAGAAGGGAAGGCAGACAUUGUACCAGGGGUCCUGUUCGUUGAUGAGGUCCAUAUGCUGGAUAUUGAAUCCUUCUCUUUCCUUAAUCGUGCUCUUGAGAGUGAUAUGGCUCCUGUUCUUAUCAUGGCUACCAACAGAGGAAUAACCAAAAUACGUGGCACAAAUUACAAGAGCCCACAUGGAAUACCACUUGACUUACUGGACAGAUUACUCAUCAUUUCUACCACUCCAUAUGAAGAAAAAGAGCUGAGACAAAUUCUCUCUAUUCGUUGCGAAGAAGAGGAUGUUGAAAUGUCUGAAGAUGCAAUGAUGGUAUUAACGAAAAUUGCCCAAGAAACUUCACUAAGAUAUUCCAUUCACCUUAUAACUGUUGCAAAUCUGAUCUGCAGGAAACGAAAGGGCCAAGAAGUGCAAAUGGAUGACAUCAAACGUGCCUAUUCGCUCUUCUUUGACGAGUCUCGCUCCACACAGUUCCUUAAGGAAUACCAACAACAGUUUAUGUUCCACGAAGAGUCAGAAACAAUUGAACAAGAACCUGAGACCAUGGACACAGAAAUAAUAUCUUAAUGAAAUGUUUAGUACUUUUACUAUCAGUCGCUUUUAUGACGUUCAUAAUCGUUCUCAGUGGUGUGUAAGAUGGUGUGUAUUUUCUGAACUUAAUUUAAGGCCAGAUUCCAAUAAACGUUUUUGUCUUUAGCUAA